AGAGCUUGAAGAAGAUGUCCCCACUGCGUAGUCGAUGCGUGCCUCCCCGCGUCCGGCGAGUCGCUCCGACUCGUUGAGAUUGAAGUACUUGAGAUAGUGGAAGUGGAGCCGUGGUUGACGUCCCUCGGGUGAUGGUGAGGAGGAUGAAGAUGAAGGGUGCCUGGUGCGACCAGAGAGCACGAGAGUUUGCUGCCUACCAUGAGGCAGCUCAUCACCGGCCGACGAACGGCCUGACACCGGUCGACAAAAGACGACCUGAAGAUCUGGCAGAGGUGGACUCCUCAUGCCCAGCGAAGCCCAUGACAAGGCCUGCUCCAGACGACGGCAAGCUGUGCGCGUCUCUGCUGAACGUUGGUAACGUGGACUCCCACGGGGAACCAGAGCGUUGCGUUGCUCAAUCCCAAAUCCAGGCGGUGCUAGCGCCAUGCUCGCAGGAGACAGCCCGUAGCGAAGGGCGCUUCAUCUCAUCUGCGUCGAAUCUGCGUUUUCUUACGUGGACGACCCCACUUCCAAGGGGCCCAAAGACGUUGGCGCACCCAAGAGUCGAGGCAUUACUAGCCUUCACAGCGACGUCGCUGUAUCAAAUCACGUUUUUUCGAGUGGACGUCCCACCAUAUCGAGGCCAUCAUGGCCUACCGGACGGCGCCGGGUCACUGAACGUUUUUACAAAGUGGACGACCCACUGCAAUCGGGCGAGCGCCUUGCUCCCCAUCAAACAGACGACGGCCAAACGGGUCCGUCUCCGUAUCGUUGACGAUCUUGCUUUUACGUGGUUGUCAACCCACGGGCUGCCACACCCCUCGACCUCAGCCAUCGACAGCGCUCCAAGCGCUUCGACCGGGAUUGGGUGCCGCAAGAGAAAAGAGAAAAGGCAAGAGUGGGGCCCAUUGUUGCUUGUGGUUUUGGCUUUGCGCUGGACGCUCGACCAGCGAAGAGGGGAAGGGGCGGACGAGGCACGGCGUCAGUGUCCCCGAAGCGCGGGGCGAAGCGCGCCGAGUUGAUUGAGCUUCGCUGCUCGGCAGGCGCUGCUCGGCCGCUGCUGAGACGCUACGCUACGGCCCAAAGUGCAUUGCUUUGUUCGUCGAAGAGCGCUCGUGAGAAGAAGAGCACGAGACAUCCGGAAGACACAGCUAGUAACAUCAAA